AUGCAAGAUGCCAACUCCUUCUUCUCCCAAAGCUCUCCAUACUUCCACGGCCAUUUCAUGAAAACAUUCAGUCCACUCGGGUUAAAAGUUUUACAAUUUCAGGUUGAUCUGCUGCUGACGGCGUGCAGUGAAGACAAAUACACUUGCGGUGAUGGGGCGUGCAUCAGCAAGCACCGCCGCUGCAACUCGGUUGCCGACUGUUCCGAUAACAAAGACGAGUUUAACUGCAGCGUACUGAGCAUCCCGACAGGCUACCGCAAAGAGCGACCUCCCACGGCACCGUCAGGAGGACCUCUUGAAGUCGAGCUGGUCAUCGGCAUCUCCUCUAUCAAGAAGUUCGACCUCGUGGACUUCAAAAUCAUCUUCAACGCUAGAGUGACUCUGAAGUGGCGUGACGCGAGAGUGACUUACCUCAGUCUGCAGGAUGAUUAUUAUAUAAACAGGGUGAAGGAUCAUCGGUCCAUUUGGAAGCCCCUCCUCUUUAUAAGAGACGAAGUAGGAAUCGUAAGUUUUGAGUUCCCUCGGUCGGCUCUGUAUGUUAACCGAACCUCCGACCCGAUACUGGAUGACGACCAAAUACUGACAGAAAGUUAUGCUUUCAGCGGAGCUACCAACGUUUUGGUACACGAGCAAGAAGGAUCUCUGACAAUAAUGUGUCACUACAACCUACACAGGUACCCAUUCGACACACAAAUCUGUUUCUUCUAUGUGUCCGUGGUCGAUCUAACCACCAAGUUCGGCCUUUUCACGAAGGCCUCCGCUGUCCGCUUCGAUGGGCGGAGAGAACUGCUAGAAUACGAACUUCUCAGAGAAAGACUAGAAAUCCUCGCCAAACGCAAUGUCAGUUAUGCCAAGGUGCAGUUUGUGUUUAAGAAUCGUUACGUGUACUACAUUGGGAAUGCUUUUACACCGAGUCUGAUGAUGGUGAUAAUCUGCUUCCUGACGUUCCAUUUUGAUCUCCAGGAUUUCCAGGAUCGCAUAAUGGUGUCCCUGACCUCGCUCCUCGUCCUGGUCACCUUCUUCAGUCAGACGAGCCAGUCCAUCCCCAAGACGUCCUACGUCAAGCUCAUCGACGCCUGGUACUUGGCUCUCAUCGCGGAGGACUUGCUGGCGAUCGUGGCGCUGGUGUACAUAGAGAGGAUGCGCUUGGGGGAGAAGAAAAUCAUUUCCAAAGAAAAACGCGAACGACUGUACCUUGUUUCUAAACCGGCUAAGAUGAAUAAGGUCUUCUUGUUCAUCUUCCCGACGUCGCUUGUUCUUCUUCUAUCUUAUUUUGUUUUCAUGUCUGUAUCCAAUUUUUCGGGUUGA